AUGGCCGCGGUGGUGGUCAUCGCAGCCCAAGAGCAGCGCCGCAGUUUGCGCAAGUCCGCACUGGAGGAGCAGGCUAAUACGGCCGAGUUCGAUGCGGACCAUGAUGGUCACGUCUCCCCACAGGAGCUGCAGCAAGACAUUGGCCACGUACAGGUUCGCUUGGAAGUCUUGUUGGAAAGGCUUAGCCUGGAAGACGGUCUGAUAGACUUAAUCAAGAACCUUCCGCUCUUUCUGCUCUGCCUCUUCUGCUUCUUGGCCGCCAUCGCCAUCCUCUCCCCACCACCUCAAACAGCUGCCAUCCAUCGUCAUCUCGGCUCGCAUUUCGGGCUUGACCAGGCAGCCAUCUACGACUUUUUGCAGACGUUUGAGGACAAGAACGCGGAGCUGCGCGAUGCUUGCCUGUCUGGAAUUACCUUUGCGACUUCUUUCAACUAUUGGUGCGAGCAUCGGUAUUUCCAGAGGGAGUGGGAUGACCACUAUCUCGUGCCGGUGAGCACGUGCCCCAGUCCAAGAUACACAGCACUGGAGCUGCAAAGCAGCCCAGACAACGACACUGCGUACCAGAUCGAGGAGGACAACCCGAACCUCACGUGCCACGAUCACGCGAGCCACGCCUGCUCGACCGAUCUCGGCUUGCUGUACUGCCCACAGACGUGCGGGUACUGCGCGCCCUUCAGCUACGACCGGUACCGGAAGUAUACCAAGCCCCAGGUCACCCUUCUCCCGUCCGUGGUGCACCAGACACGCUUCAAGACCAAGGCCUGCGAAGGUUGGGCCGAGAAGUUCCUGGUACAGAACUACAACCCGGUCCUGGUCACCAUGCCGGCCCUGGACGGCCCAAAGAACGAUGCGCUGUUGACAUGCGUGGACCGCAACGCCGCCUACGAGGAGGAUUAUGCCUUCUACCUGGAGUGCACGGCCCACACGCCGUCAGCUCGCUGCGUGAAUGGGCAGAUCCCCAUCACCGCCAAGACUCUGUUCCACGGGCAGGCGGUGUAUGCCAAGAUGCUGAUCGAAAGCAAGCGGGACCUCGCUGCCAUGCAGGAGGUUGGUUGGAUCGACUCGCAGACCGAGUCGAUCACCGUCAGCACGGUGAUCUACACGGAGGACCUGGAAAUGUUCACGUCCCUGACAGUGACCUUUGACUUCGACUAUGCCGGGAACGUGGACGGGUCUGUGUCCAUGGUCACCUACAAGGACGUGAUCCUCAGCUCCGCCCAGAACUUUGUGGCCUGCCUGCUCACCACCUGCAUCGGAGCCGGCCUCAGCGCCACGGCUCUUACGGUGCACCUUUUGCGGCACCGCGAGCAGUGCAACUGGGGGUUGACUUGCUACGAGAUCUUCUCGCGCAUCCUGCUGCUCGUGUACCCGACGAUCCUCUUGAUCUCCUGGAGUCAGCAGCUGCUGAUGUCUCACGAGUUCGACCUCUUGUUGGAGACGUUCAUCGGCUCCGAUGGCGUGGAUGAAGCGCACAUGAACCACAACAUGCAGGAGUACUUCAAGGUGAAGACGGUCAUCCAUGACGAAGUGGGCUGGCUGGAGAGGCACCGCGUGGCCUCCUACGUGCUCAUGUACUUCCAGUUCUUGCAGAUGGUCCUGUACUUCAACGCGCACCCUCGCGUCGCCAUGCUGACCAAGACAGUGAAAGGUGCCCUGCUCAAUAUGCUGCACUUCUUCCUCGUGUUCACGAUCUUGUUCCUGAUGCUGGCCUUCAUGGCCCACUUCCUGCUCCUUGGUUGGCCUCCCUACGAACUUUCGAAGCCCCAAAAGCCAAACAAACACCCCAAAAUGCAAAACAAAAAGGAGCCUCAAAGGCAAAGGCCCAACCCUAAAAUCCGAAACCCUAAGAAGCCGUCCGCUUCAAAGCCCAAGCCCUUAAAGGCCUAA